AGUAUCAACUAUUGAUGAUAUGCUCUCUCCUUGGUCUGGGGUCAGCCUGGAACCAACCCAGCACCUGCUACAUGAGACAGACUAUCUGCUCUACAAAUUAUAAAGAGGCAAUUGAACAGCUGACUGAUAAUAUAGACGGCCAUAGUCAACAAAUUCAAAUGUUAGAGGCUCAACUAGUCAACUCAAACGGACAAUCUGAAAUAAAGAUCACGGAAUUGCAAGUGCAACUAACAACGUCUAUCCAGAUAUUGCAAGCUGAUAAAGAUUCAUUUAACGAAAGCCUUCAGCUGGUGCAAGCUCAACUAGACAAUUCCAACGAGCAGUUUGGAGGUCAGAUUAUGGAAUUGCAAACACAACUAAAUAGCUCCAAUCAAUUGCUUCAAAGGCUACAAGAUCAGCUAAGUGCUACCACCGGUGUUUUACAACAAAGCCUUUCCGAGCAAGAAAACAGACUGGAAAAUAUACAAUUAAUUGUGGAAGAGCUUCGUUUGGGUACCAUUAACAACCCAGCAAGCUCUUGUGGUGACAUCUCUCAAGGCCGACCAUCUGGAGAAUACUGGAUUUCCACUAACACUACUAGCUCUCCUGUUCUGAUCUACUGUGACAUGAAUCGAACAAGCUGUAGCUGCAACACUGCAGGAGGAUGGAUGAGGGUAGCCAACCUUGACAUGACCGAUCCUAACCAAAACUGCCCAGAGGGAUUUAGACUGAUGAACAGGACUGAAUCACCACUGCGUACUUGUGGUAGACAUGCACCGGGAUGUCUGUCUACUACAUAUCCAGCUUAUGGGGUGAAGUACUCAACAGUUUGUGGUCGAAUCAAUGGAUAUCAAAGUAGUACAAUGGAUGCUUUUCAUCCAUAUUUCUCCAACAGAGCUUUAUCUAUUGAUAAUGUUUACGUUGAUGGUGUGAGCCUAACCCAUGGUCAGUUGCCUCGUCAGCACAUCUGGACAUUUGCUAAUGCACUUGAUGAAACUCGAUCCACUUAUUAUGUAUGUCCCUGCACAAGACCUGACCUGACCUACACUGGAGUUGUACCUUCCUUCAUCGGUCAAGACUACUUCUGUGAAACUGGAAGCCGACAAGCAUAUAGUCGUAUCAAGUUCUAUUCUGAUGAUCCAGUCUGGGAUGGUCAGGGAUGCGGGGGUACCAGUACUUGCUGUGAGUUCAACAAUCCACCGUGGUUCUGCAAGCAACUCCCUCAACCAACUACAAACGAUAUCGAGUUGAGGCUUUGUAGUGAUCAAUCUAUUGGAGAUGAAGACACACCAAUUGAAAUUUCCGAAAUAUACGUUAGCUGAACAUGUUUUCGUUAGCACUAUAAUUAUACAUUAGUUAGCGCUAGAUCAAAGAACAUUUAAGAGUAUAGAAACUGAAUAAUAGCAUGCAGUCUAGAAAUAAUAUUAUGAUAGCAUUAUAGUAGCAAUUCCCUAUACCUAUAACUUUUUUACUGAGCUGUUUAUACUUACACCAUGCAGCGAAACUUGUUUAGUCGCUAUUGCCGGAUGCCCGUGCAAAUAAUAUUAAUGAGUGAAACUAUAGUGGUACAUGA